AUGAGGAAGAAGGCUCAGGAGAGGAAAAGGGCCAUGUCACCACCUUCAAAUUCAUCUUCUUCGGUCUCAAACAAUCCUCCGAUGGACUCGAUGCCCUUCAUGGAGACCAAGGAACGAAGCUUCUACGAUGCCGGUGGGGAUCAUGAUCAGAUGUCGACUCCAAAGGGUUUUGAAGAGGGAGAGAGUACUGAAACAGGGUACUCCAUGGAUGACAUAUGGAAAGAUAUUGCUCUAUCUGAAAGCGAAACGAUGGAAACAGUUUGUGAAACAAUCAUGGCUUCUCCAAUUUGGAACUAA